AACAUUGGUGUUGGCCCCAUGAGUGCUACCGAUCUGCCAAGUCAUUUAAACAGCCCAUAGGCCCAUUUACACCUUCUCUACCGCAUGUCACAGGGAGCCCUUUUCCUCCCAAUCUCCCAUAGCGUUUUCCUGAGGAAUUCAAGCGCGGGAGCAGUCGCCUCUCUAAACCCGAGUUAUAUACUCCAUCCGUAAUCCAGCUUCUUCUUCUAGCAGUGAUUGGAUUCGAGGUCCUUUUCAACCAAAUAUGAGUCGACCAAUGGAAGAAGAUGCCCCUGGGAAGAAUGAGGAAGAGGAAUUCAACACAGGGCCACUGUCUGUUCUCAUGAUGAGUGUCAGAAACAAUACACAGGUGCUCAUCAACUGUCGUAAUAACAGAAAGCUUCUAGGCCGUGUAAGGGCUUUCGAUCGCCACUGCAACAUGGUGCUCGAAAAUGUUAGAGAGAUGUGGACUGAGGUUCCCAAGACGGGCAAAGGGAAAAAGAAAGCCCAACCUGUUAAUAAGGAUAGGUUCAUCAGCAAGAUGUUUCUUCGUGGAGAUUCUGUGAUCAUUGUUCUCCGAAAUCCCAAAUAGAGGGUACUUUUUCCCCCUUUUUGUAAGUCGUUGCUUAGGAUGAGCAUUGCAUAUUUAACAUUGUGUUCUUUUUUCGCUUAAUGUAUUAUUCUAUCCAUGCGUGUUACUGCUAGAUGGUUCAUCUUAUGCAACCCCUGUCUGCACUCAGGAUUUCUACUCUUGCUGCGGUUUAGUUAUCCCAACAUAGACUUCUUGUGGUAGGAUAUUGUGGAAUGGCUUGUUAUUUUCAAUGUACUGUGACUAUGAAUGAGGCUACUAAGUUUUUUGCUUUAUUACUCUGCCUUUCCUGUACUUCUCUAUUCUCUAAUUGACUCUGUUAGUCUAAUAUCAUCUUGACCGAACACUAUCUACCUCCUAAUAACAUAUACUAAUAUGCAUAUGAUGCUGAAGUUGUCUGUGUAAGAUGCGUUUGGUAGCCGUGAUGAAGAAAGUGAGUUGUCGUAGAGGGCAUCUCUCCUAUUUAUUUGAGUGCAUAGAUGUAUACUGGUUAUUCUUUUUGAAGUUUAGAAAUUUAAAAGGCUUAUGUCUCUCAUGUAUGUUUUUUUAAGAAUGGGACCCUUGAUAUGACAUUCUAGGUUCGCCACGGGUAACCAUAAUAUUUGGCCUAAUUUCCAUACAGACAGAGAAUGCAACAUAAAUACUUAAGUAAGGUUUCACUUUUGCGAG